UCUGCGUUGAAUAAGCGUGGAAAUCAGAGCUGCGAAUGCUUUUAAUGGAUUAUAAUUUGAGUUGACAGAGGAAUUUAACCUUUGCACUUAAUUAACAUAUCCCCCAUGUAAGACUUCAAGUCCCAUAAUUCAUUGCGCCACUCGCUUGCGGAUGGUAAACAACAUGGCGGUGACACCGGCACGAAGUUCAUCUUUGCAGGAUUUGAGUGUGUGGGCGGACCGGACUGCCCUCCACGAAGCCGCAUCUCAGGGGAGGGCUUUACAGCUAAUCCGGCUGAUAGAGAGUGAAGCGUCAGUCAACAUAGUGACCGUGGACAACAUCACCCCGCUCCACGAAGCUUGUCUCCAAGCUCACCCGCAUUGUGCCCGCCUGCUCCUGGAAGCUGGAGCCCAGGUGGAUGUGCGGAAUAUCCAUGGCAGCACUCCCCUUUGCCACGCCUGCUUUUCCGGUAGUUUGGAGUGCGUCAAGCUCCUUUUGCGAUACGGAGCCCAAAUCAACCCAUCACUCACCGCUUUGACAGCAUCCCCCCUCCAUGAGGCUUGCAUCCAAGGAAAUCCUGAGAUACUGAGGCUGCUGAUUGCUAGUGGUGCCCAACUGGAGGCGUACGAUGUCCAUUUUGGCCCACCGCUGCACAUUGCGUGUGCAAAAGCGAAUGUGGAAUGUGUCAAGGAGCUUCUGCUCGCAGGUGCCGACGUGAAUUCCAGCAAGUUCCACGAGACAGCCUUGCACCACGCUGCUCGACUGGACACGCCGGAUGUGUUGGAGUUGCUGGUGGAGUUCGGAGCCAACGUGUACUCUCUCGACAACUUCGGACGUAAACCCGGCGACUACUCGACACCUGCGUCGCCGUCCUAUGCCCGUCUCAGGUUUUACGAAAGAAAUCCGCUGAGCCUUCAGCAUCUUUGUAGAAUCACCGUGAGGAGGGCUCUUGGUACCUCUGCCUCGGUGGUCAUAGGUUUGCUGGGCGUAGCUCGUUCCAUUCAGAGCUAUCUCCAGUUUUGCAAUCACCCCGCAUCACUAGAGUUCCAUAUGGAUGUUUGAUUAAAUAUACCAAUGUACACCGAACACCUACUUUUUGUGAUGGUGAAGGAUCGAGUCCAGCAUAAAUAGUGAAAAUGUGAAUUUUUUUUGUUUUUGUUUGUGGCUAUUCCUCGCAAAUGGCAGGUGUUCGCUUUGUGUAUGAUUUGGUAUGUCAAUUAUUGUCAAUCCAGUAAAUUAUCCUGAAAGUUU